UCGAGCUUCGAGCCUGACAAGCUUUGGCACAGUGGUGGCGGAGGCGCACGGCCGCGGGGCAGCUGGGCGUCCCCCGCGGGGCAGGGUAAAUGUUUCUGGACCAGAUGAAGCUUGAGGAGCCUUCCAGCUGUAAGAUAUUAGGAUAGGAAACUCCCGAGUCUGGAUCUACAGAAGACUUGCCUGUCCUCUCCACACAAUGUCAGGAAGCCACAUACCUUCUGCCAGUGGCCCCUUCUCAGCCCUGACUCCUAGCAUGUGGCCCCAGGAGAUCCUGGCCAAGUACACACAGAAGGAAGAGGCAGUGGAGCAACCAGAGUUCUGCUAUGAUGAGUUCGGCUUCCGCGUGGACAAGGAAGGCGCAGACGGCGCCCCCCGCCCAGGCCAGCUGCUGGAGGACCCCCCCCAGAGGCUGCGCUGGCAGGCCCACCUGGAGUUCACCCACAACCACGACGUGGGGGACCUCACCUGGGACAAGAUUGCCAUCUCCCUGCCCCGCUCGGAGAAGCUCCGCUCCCUGGUGCUGGCCGGGGUGCCCCACAGCAUGAGGCCGCAGCUGUGGAUGCGGCUCUCCGGGGCCCUGCAGAAGAAGAGGAACUCCGAACUGUCCUACCGAGAGAUCGUUAAGGACAGCGCCAAUGACGAGACCGUUGCUGCCAAGCAGGGGCCCCUGGCCUCCUUCCCGGGGGUCUCGGUGUCAGGGGUGCGGAGGCUGUGCGCCUGCUCCGUGCCUCACAGGCUCUUGUGGGCGGGCUGCCAGCAGAUUGAGAAGGACCUGCUCCGCACCAUGCCCAGCAACGCCUGCUUCGCCCACGUGAGCAGCGUGGGCGUACCCCGUCUGCGCAGGGUGCUCCGAGCGCUGGCCUGGCUCUACCCAGAGAUCGGCUACUGCCAGGGCACGGGCAUGGUGGCUGCCUGCCUCCUGCUGUUCCUGGAGGAGGAGGACGCCUUCUGGAUGAUGUGCGCCAUCAUCGAGGACCUGCUCCCCGCCUCCUACUUCAGCACCACCCUGCUGGGCGUCCAGACUGACCAGCGGCUCCUGCGCCACCUCAUCGUCCAGUACCUGCCUCGGUUGGACAGGCUGCUCCAGGAGCAUGACAUCGAGCUCUCCCUCAUCACGCUGCACUGGUUCCUCACGGCCUUCGCCAGCGUGGUGCACAUCAGGCUGCUGCUGCGCCUCUGGGACCUGUUUUUCUACGAGGGCUCCCUGGUGCUGUUCCAGACCACGCUGGGCAUGCUGCGCCUCAAGGAGGAGGAGCUGAUCCAGUCGGAGAAUUCGGCCUCCAUCUUCAACACGCUGUCGGACAUACCGUCGCAGAUGGAGGACGCGGACCUGCUCCUGGGGGAGGCCAUGCGGCUGGCGGGCUCCCUCACUGACGUGGCUGUGGAGAGCCAGCGCCGCAAACACCUGGCCUACCUCCUAGCUGACCAGGGCCAGCUCCUGGGCGCCAGCCCCACCGCCAACCUCUCUCAGGUUGUCCGCCGCAGGACCCAGCGGAGGAAGUCUGGCAUCACGUCGCUGCUCUUCGGGGAGGAUGACCUGGAGGCGCUCAAGGCCAAGAACAUCAAGCAGACGGAGCUGGUGGCCGACCUCCGGGAAGCCAUCCUGCGCGUGGCACGCCACUUCCAGUGCACAGACCCCAAGAACUGCAGUGUGCAGGAGCUGAGCCCGGACUAUAGCAUGGAGAGCCACCAGAGGGACCACGAGAACUACGUGGCAUGCUCGCGCGGCCACCCACGCCGGGCCAAGGCCCUGCUGGACUUCGAGCGCCACGAUGAUGACGAGCUGGGCUUCCGCAAGAACGACAUCAUCACGAUCAUCUCCCAGAAGGACGAGCACUGCUGGGUGGGGGAGCUGAAUGGCCUGAGAGGCUGGUUUCCAGCAAAGUUCGUGGAAGUCCUGGAUGAGCGGAGCAAGGAGUACUCCAUCGCGGGGGACGAUUCUGUGACAGAGGGGGUCACGGACCUCGUGCGAGGGACCCUCUGCCCGGCCCUGAAGGCCCUGUUUGAACACGGGCUGAAGAAGCCUUCCCUGCUUGGGGGCGCCUGCCACCCCUGGCUGUUUAUCGAGGAGGCGGCGGGCCGGGAGGUCGAGAGAGACUUCGACUCGGUGUAUUCGCGCCUAGUGCUGUGUAAGACGUACAGGUUGGAUGAAGAUGGCAAAGUCCUGACCCCAGAGGAGCUGCUCUACCGGGCUGUGCAGUCCGUUAACAUGACCCAUGACGCUGCACACGCACAAAUGGACGUCAAGCUCCGCUCCCUCAUCUGCGUGGGGCUCAAUGAGCAGGUCCUGCACCUGUGGCUGGAGGUGCUCUGCUCCAGCCUGCAGACCGUGGAGAAGUGGUACCAGCCCUGGUCCUUCCUGCGCAGCCCCGGCUGGGUCCAGAUCAAGUGCGAGCUGCGGGUUCUCUGCUGCUUCGCCUUUAGCCUCUCCCAAGACUGGGAACUUCCUGCAAAGAGAGAGGAGGAGAAGCAGCCCCUGAAGGAGGGCGUCCAGGACAUGCUGGUGAAGCACCACCUUUUCAGCUGGGACAUAGACGGGUGAUGCUCUUCCUCCAGGGACCCCGUCACACCCAGGCCUCCCCAGACCCCUUGGCUACCAGGCCCCUUCCUCAAGCAAGAAGAGAACAGCCCGGCGCUGGCCAGCCCCGGGGCCCACCCCAAGCUGCAAGGUCGAGGGGAGGACACACUCGGGAGCUCUGGCUGGGCACCGUGGUAGGGAGUCCGGGGACACCGCCCUGGGUGUCAGAGUGCUGGUGGAGGGCAGCAGGUGGCAGGAGCAGAAGGUGGGGGCCCGGCUCAGCCUGUUACUCUCAGCGCCCGGGGGAGGGCUCUGCCCUGCCAGGGUCUUUACCAGAGGCCCCGGGCCCCAGGUUCACUGUGCUGAACAAAAACCUUGUGAGGUGGCAUGCCACCUCUGUUCUGUCAGGUUUUGCUCAGGAGGAGGGUGGGGGUGGCUGAAGGCUCCCCGGCCUCUUUGAUUUAUAAAUAAACUGUCUUUGAGAAGCA